GGAAGGCAGCCGCGAAGAGCAGCUGGUAACGGGAUGGAGGCGGUGGCUGAGCCCGGGAACCUGGCCGGCGUGAAGCAUAUCAUCCUUGUUCUUUCUGGAAAAGGGGGCGUUGGGAAAAGCACCAUCUCCACGGAGUUGGCCCUGGCGCUGCGCCACCAGGGCAAGAAGGUGGGGAUCCUGGAUGUGGACCUGUGCGGCCCCAGCAUCCCACACAUGCUCCACGCACAAGGCAAGGCGGUGCAUCAAUGUGACAACGGCUGGGUGCCUGUCUUCGUGGACCAGGAGCAGAGCAUCUCCCUCAUGUCUGUGGGCUUCCUGCUGGAAAACCCUGACGAGGCCGUGGUGUGGAGAGGUCCCAAGAAACAUGCACUGAUAAAGCAGUUUGUGUCUGAUGUGGCCUGGGGGGAGCUGGACUAUUUGGUUGUGGACACACCUCCAGGAACUUCUGAUGAGCACAUGGCCACUGUGGAAGCCCUGCGUCCUUACAGGCCCCUGGGGGCCCUCGUGGUCACCACACCACAGGCAGUGUCUGUUGGGGAUGUGAGGCGGGAGCUGACCUUCUGCAGGAAGACGGGGCUGCAGGUGAUAGGGGUCGUAGAGAACAUGAGUGGCUUCGCCUGCCCACACUGCACUGAGUGCACCAAUGUCUUCUCCAAGGGCGGUGGGGAGGAGCUGGCCCGGCUGGCUGGAGUUCCUUUUUUAGGCUCUGUUCCCCUGGAUCCCCAGCUUACCAGGAGCCUAGAAGAGGGCCGUGAUUUCAUCCAGGAGUUUCCCAAGAGCACCGCGUACUCCGCACUCACUUCCAUAGCCCAGAAAGUUCUGCACAGGAUGUCUGCCCUGCACCCCUGACCGCCUCCCAGCCGCCCUGAUGCUGUGCGCUCCUUUCUCAGCCUAGAGGGAUUUUGGGAGCAGAGGUCCUUGGGACCUGUGGUUGCUGAUCUGGACAAUAGCUGGUCCAUGUGAUUACGUCCACGCAGAGAUCUUCCUGCGGGACAGUGACAUUUCCCAGCGGUGUUUUGAGUAGAAUUUACUCACCAUCAGCAGCUUCGCCAAACUAGUCUGUAGCUGAGGGGAUGGCUCAGGUCCUAGUUUUUUGUUUUGGUUUGUUUUGGUUUUUGGUUUUUUGAGACAGGGUUUCUCUUUGUAGCCUUGGCAGUUCUGGGCUUACUUUAUAGACCAGGCUGGCCUGUCACUGCCUCCCUGGGUGCUGGGAUUACAGAUGUGUGCCACCAUGCCCUGCGGGGUCCUAGUUUCUUGAGAUGGUAGUAGCCUUAACCUCCAGCCCAGGUUGACAGGCUGCUCUGACAGCCACACCACACAUGAGCUGCCUAGUACUUGCUCAUCCUGACUGUCCCUGAGUGCCCACGUGUGCUGUGGAGGCUUCUGUGACACACCGUGUGGUUUACAGGCAUCUGGUAUCCCACAGGACUCCGCUGUUAAACCCGUUACCCCACCCUGUGAAGAGCCCAGCAUCCGACCCUGUGUCCCCAGUGAGGUGGCUCUUGAUCCCCGUUUCAGAACUGGAACAAGCAGUAUUCAUAAAGAUGUAGAGGGCCUGAA